AUGAAGCGCGAGAUGACCAAGGAGGAGAAGGAGCUCGCCGAAGCUGGCUACCAAGACCUCGCUGAGCAGAAGGCUGGUGAAAAGGGCGGCAACGCGGGCCUCGACGCGGUCGACCUCCACGAGCACAAGCUCACCCUCACGGCACUCGAGGCCGAGUUAGACACCGCGUUCGACCCCAAGGACCCCACGCAGUCACCGGGCUUGUCUGCGGACGAAGCGAAGGCCAGACUGGCUCGCGACGGACCGAACAUUCUAACGCCACCCAAAAAGAAGUCUGCGCUGCGCAAGUAUUGGGACUGUCUCGCGACGAUGUUCAACAUCCUCCUCAUUAUCGCCGGAAUCUUGGAGUACAUCCUUCUGGGCGUGGACUUCAAAGACAACUUCCCCAAUACGUACCUCGGCGGAAUCCUGAUCGGCGUGGCCUUCCUAAACGCGCUGAUCGAGUUCUACCAGCUGCAGAAAUCGGAGGCGAUCCUCGCGUCGUUCCUGGCCAUGAUCCCGCCCUCGUGCCGCGUCGUGCGCGACGGGGCGCUCACCACUGUCCCGGCUGCGGACCUUGUGAAGGGAGACGUCGUGCUCGUCCGCUCCGGAGACAAGACACCUGCGGAUCUCAUUGUAUUCUCUGCAUCCGACUUGAAGAUUGACAACAGUAGUCUUACCGGAGAGUCUGAGCCUCAAGAGCGUUUCGCGAAACCGGACGGCGUGCAAACGAGACCUGUAGAAGCUGAGAAUCUGCUCUUCAACUCGACCCUUGUUGUCAAUGGAGAGGGGUGGGGAGUGGUUGUACGCACUGGCGACCACACACUGAUCGGCCAAAUUGCGGCGCUCACCGGUAACGAGACGGGAAAGCAGAGUCCUCUUGCGGCGGAGAUCGCACGGUUUGUGAUGUUGGUUUCUGCCAUCGCGAUUGUCUUCGCCAUCGUCUUCUUCGUGGUCGGUAUCACCACCGCCUACAAGGGCAAGGGCGAGCAGACCGUCACGUUCGCUGUCUCUAUCCUCGUCGCGUUUGUGCCUGAGGGAUUGCCUUCCGUCGUCACCUUGCUGCUCUCUAUUGCGGCAAAACGCAUGGCCGCUCAAAACGUGCUCGUCAAGGAUCUCCAAGGUGUUGAGACUCUGGGUAUGUACCGCAAUCAUAAUGCACUGACGCUGCUUGCCACCGACAAGACCGGCACGUUGACCAGGAAUCAAAUGACGGUCACGAACAUCUGGAGUGGACUGAAGAUGUUCUCGGCAUUCCAGUCGAACAAUGACACCGAGGACACCGAGGCGUUUUCCAUCAGCAGCCCGGGAAUGCGGGAGAUGGUCGACAUCGCUGCUCUGAACUCUCAUGUCAAGUUCGACCGGACAGACUUGCCAUUCGACCAGCGCAAGAUUCUCGGAGACGCGACCGAGACGGGUCUCAUCCGCUUUGCCGGCAAGCAUAUUGCGGACUACAACGGGUACCAGAAGCAGCAUCCGCGAGUAUUUGAGAUUCCAUUCAACUCCUCCAACAAGUGGGCGCUGGUUAUUCUUGAGAAGACGCACAAAGAGGGACUCUUGACUGCAUACAUUAAGGGCGCUCCAGAGCGUGUGCUCGCGAAGUGCUCAACCUACCUCAAGGAUGGCGAGGAGGUCCCAAUUACGGACGCGUUCAAGGCGGAGUACGAUGAAGCAUACGACUACAUGGCGUCGCGUGGUCACCGUGUCAUCGCAUGCGCCCAGAAGCUGCUGCCCAGCGACGUGUACGACCCAGACUACGAGUUCUCCAAGACGGACACGCGGUAUCCGACCUCCGAGUACUGCUUCUGCGGCCUCGUCUCGCUCGAGGAUCCGCCGAAGCACGGUGUGCGCGAGGCAAUUGGCACGCUGCGCCUCGCGGGCAUCAAGGUCAUGAUGGUUACGGGCGACCACCCGAAAACGGCGGAGGCAAUUGCGCGCAAGAUCAACCUGAUCCUCGGGGAGACGAAAGAGACGUUGAGCAAGAAGACGGGCCGGCCGGUAGACGAGAUCUACGAGGACGAAGUCGAUGCUGUCGUAAUUCAUGGAGACGACAUCGAUGGUCUGCAGGGAUGGCAGUGGGAUCAAAUCUUCGCCAAGAAUGAGAUUGUAUUCGCACGUACAUCGCCACAGCACAAGCUGGAGAUUGUCAAGCGGGCUCAAGCUCUCGGACAUAUCGUCGGCGUCACUGGGGACGGUGUCAACGACUCACCUGCGCUUAAGAAGGCUGACUUGGGAAUUGCCAUGAACAUCUCUGGUUCCGACGUGUCUAAAGAAGCCGCGAACAUGAUUCUACUAGACGACAACUUCGCCUCGACAGUCAAGGGUGUUGCCGAAGGCCGUCAAAUCUUCGUCAACUUGAAGCGCUCUAUCCAAUAUACCAUCUCGCAUAGUACUCCUGAGGUCAUCCCGCAGCUUCUAUAUGUCGUCGUCCCAAUCCCUCUCCCCUUGUCUGCUAUCCUAAUUCUCGUCAUCGAUCUCGGCUUCGAGCUGUUCGUCGCGCUGUCCUUUGCGUGGGAUAAACCAGAAACCGAGGAUGGACUUAUGCGCAUGGCUCCCCGGAGACCAGUCAACGACCAUUCUAUCACCGCUUUGAAGAAGCGUGCCCUACGCCGCACGAAGACUCUCCGCCGCGACCCCGAGACCAACGAGAUCGUACGCCCGAGCCGCUUCUCGCGGUUUAUGAUGCGGGUGAAAGCGCCGUUCGCGCGUCACUUCUGGGAGGAUGCUCUGGAGAGGUCCGAUGAUGAGACUCUAGUCGACGCUAAGCUGCUUAGCUACGCAUAUCUGGAGGCGGGCGUCAUUGAGAUGGUUGGCGCUUUGACGGCGUACUUUGUGGUGUUCUUCAAGAACGGCUUCACCCCAGGAGACCUCCGGCGCGCACAAACCGCCCUCAGCGCUUCUCCAUCUAUCUCCUACUUCACCAAAUCUUCCCCGGACUUUGUUAACAGUCGAGGUCGCGUCCUCUCCGCAUCUGAGCAGGUCGAUGCUCUUGCGCAAGCUCAGUCGAUAGUCUACCUCUCCAUCUUCAUCAUCCAGUGCUUCAACGUGUUCGCCGUCAAAGCGAAGUUCCGCUUCCCCUUCGGCCGCUCCAUCGUCGGCAACUACUACAACUUCGCGGGCAUCGUCGCGGGCGCGUGCCUCGGCAUGUUCGUCAUCUACACGCCGCCGCUGCACGUCGUCUUCGGCGGCUCCGUGCACCUCUCGCCGCUCUACUGGCUCAUCCCCGUCGCGUUUGGCGUGCUCCUGCUCGUGUGGGCGAGCGUGCGCGUGCUGCUGCUGCGCAAGAGCGUCGAGCAGGGCCGCGUGAAGGACAUCAAGGGACUCAUGAUGUUCCCGACGAUGAGGACGAUGAGUAUGCGCUCGCGGCAUUAA